AUGCCUAUCCCUGUCCCUAAAGCCGAUCGCCUGCUCGACCUCCUUAGCCUCAAGGGCAAGGUUGUCAUUGUAACUGGAGCUUCCGGAUCCCGUGGUAUGGGAAUCGAAGCCGCCCGCGGCUGUGCCGAGAUGGGCGCCGACUUGGCCAUCACAUAUUCCUCCCGUCGCGAGGGAGGCGAGAAGAACGCCAAGGCACUCUCCGAAGAAUACGGCGUGACAGUCCGACCUUACAAGUGCGACGUAGGCAACUGGGAGAGCGUGGACACUCUCGUGAAAGAGGUGAUCAAAGACUUCGGCAAGAUCGAUGCCUUCAUUGCGAACGCCGGACGGACAGCCGACAGCGGCAUCCUGGACGGGUCUGUCGACGACUGGAACGAAGUCAUCAACACCGAUUUGACUGGUACCUUCCACUGCGCCAAGGCCGUUGGCGCGCACUUCAAGGAGCGGGGAAGCGGCAGCUUUGUCAUUACGGCCUCGAUGUCAGGCCACAUUGCCAACUUCCCCCAGGAACAGACCUCCUACAACGUGGCUAAGGCCGGCACAAUUCACCUUGCCCGGUCGCUGGCCAACGAAUGGCGGGACUUCGCUCGCGUGAACAGCAUUUCCCCUGGUUACAUUGACACCGGGUUGUCUGAUUUUGUUGCCAAGGAUGUUCAGGACCUUUGGAACUCUAUGAUCCCCAUGGGUCGCAACGGUGAUGCGAAGGAACUGAAGGGUGCUUACGUUUACCUGGUCAGCGAUGCUAGCACUUACAUGACGGGCAACGAUUUGCUCAUUGACGGCGGUUACACCGUGCGGUAA